AUGGUGCUCGUGUUCUGCUGGCCUUCCAGAAGGUCGAGGGGGCGGGCCGAGCGCUGCUGGCUGAUCUGGUUGGUGGGAGGAGAGCGAGUCUGGAGUCGGCGGUGGCUCGACCAGCAGGAGGCCGAGCAGGAUUACGGGCAUGCAGCGGCGCUAGUCCCGUUAGCGGUAAUACGGGCCCGUGGGAACCGGCCUGCGUCACAGAUUACGCCCUCCCGAGGGGCCGCCCGGCACGCCCAUUGGCUGCUGGGCGGGGGAUACGCUGCUGGCUCGAAGUUCUGCACGGCUGCCCGCCAAUCCCCACUCGCGUUCCUCGCCGACCCCCACCGGGCUGCCCUGGAGGCUGCCCAGGCAGGCCGCCCAGCAGGGAUCAUGGACAUGGAGGCCCCGGGAACAGGAAAUGGCAGGGAAGGUGCGCCGGAGGAAGGACGCAGCCAGCCCAUUCCCUCCUUCCCAGACGGACGGCUGUGGCUGGGGAUCAGAGGCGGAGUCGCUCCUGCUCCCGAGCGCUCUUCUGGACGCAGAGGACCGGCACCGUACGAAAAUGGAGAAAGAGCAGAGAAUGCCUACGGUUCUCCAGUGUACUGA